AUGACUUCCACUCUGCAACCCAAACAAACUCCAACAUCGGAUUUUGAUAGUUUACAGAAUAAGGUCGUUCAUAAAGCCAAUAUUGAGAUCAGUGCUGCAUCAACUCCAACUCCCACAAUCGAUAUAAACUCUAUUGAUGCAUCCACUCCAACCCUUCGUCAACCACCAGUGUUUAAAGGAACAGUGAAUCUGUUGGAUAGACUGGAUUCUCAACGAUCUAAACGACGAGAAGCGAUCGAGCAUGCUAAACAGGCACAGAAAUUACUCGAUGCACAACGGAAAAGUAAACCGCUAAGUCAACGCACUCCAAUGGAUUUCAUCAACCAGGAUGAAAAUACUCGGGAUAGAGAAAAACUGGUCAAGGAGGCUUUUUCAGGUGGAUACUGGAAAGAUUUACGUGAAGUCUCGAGAAAAGGUGCCAAACUAUGGGAAGCACCUGAAAAAAUCCGAUCUGGACAGUAUUCCCAUCUAGUACCCAACGUGUCUGGAACAUUGAUGAAUGGCGAAAAAACGGACAUCAUGUCCUAUGUAUCAAGGCAUAAAGUCACCUUGGUAGUGUUUUUCUUUAAUGCUUUUGGCGAGCAACAAACACGAUCGUUUGUCAACCCUUUUAUGCAGGAAUUCAAAACUCACUCUGAUAUAGAUCUGUUGAUUGUCAAUGUAGAGGAAAAGCUUUUCAGAGCACCCGUGCUAUGGCUUUCGCGACCCUAUGUCAAAUGGAAUGUUCCAAAAGAAUUACGACAAAGAUAUAUGAUUCAUUAUGGCGAUAUGAAAGAUAAACGAACAGAGUGUGGUAUGGUAAAUACUGUUCUUGGAUGGGUGAAUUUAGUCGAUUCUUCUGGAAAAAUUCGAUGGCAGGCACAUGGUGAAGCCACACCCAAAGAACUUGCAGCAGUCUCAAAUCUGGCUAAAACCAUGCUACACAUUUUGUAA